GAAGAAGGACUUGUGACAGCGUGUUGAUAAAUGUAGCAUGUCAGUGUUCAUUCCCAUGAUUAAUGUUAUGUGACUUCGGUGCAUCUAAUAAAGUGAACAGCAUGAGGACUCUGCUGAGGCUGAAGCUGCUAAUGUCAGAAGUGCGGUGGACAAUGUGGCAAAACAGAUCCUCCUCAAACUCUUCCAUCCGGAGCCUGGAGUCAAACACAUCCAUCCUUAAACAUCUUAUCUCCAAAAUUACUGCCACGGGUCCAAUUUCAGUAGCUGAGUACAUGAGGGAGGCACUGACCAAUCCAGUGGCGGGAUAUUACGUGAAAAAUGACAUGCUUGGAGCAGGAGGUGAUUUUAUUACAUCACCAGAGAUCAGUCAGAUUUUCGGUGAGCUGUUGGGUGUCUGGUGUGUCAGUGAGUGGAUGGCGGCUGGGAAAUCCUGCACGUUCCAGUUAGUGGAGCUCGGACCAGGUAGAGGUUCAUUGGCCAGUGACAUCCUGAGGGUCUUCAGUCAGUUGAAAGCUGUUCUGGGUGAGACGGAUAUCUCUGUUCAUCUUGUGGAGGUCAGCCCAAAGUUGAGCCAAUUUCAGGCCGAAUGUCUAACUGGAGAUAAGACGCAGACAUGUAAUGAUGAUCAGCUUGCUUACCGCAGUGGCACCACACGUACUGGACUGCCUAUAUACUGGUACCGCAGGAUAGAGGACGUCCCAAGGGGUUUUAGUGUCUUCCUUGCCCAUGAGUUUUUUGAUGCUUUACCCAUUCACAAGUUUCAGAGAACAGAGAAAGGCUGGCGGGAGGUGAUGGUUGAUAUUGAUCCUGAAAGUCCAGAAAAACUGAGAUUUGUGGUUUCUCACAGUCCUACACUGGCCUCCAGCAUUCUUAUACAGAAUGAUGAUCGCAGACAGCAUGUGGAAGUAUGUCCAGAAGGUGGAGUCAUUGUUCAGAAACUGGCCAAUCGGAUUGCAGAGGACGGAGGUUCAGCCUUGGUUGUAGACUAUGGACAUGAUGGAACAAAAACUGAUACUUUCAGAGGCUUUAAAGGCCAUCAACUCCACAAUGUCUUGGAGGCACCUGGCAUGGCAGACUUGACAGCAGAUGUUGACUUCAGUUACCUGAGGAAAAUGACAGGAAAUGAGGUGACCUGCUUGGGACCCGUCACACAAAGAUCCUUCCUGAAGAACAUGGGCAUUGACUCACGCUUGCAGGUCCUCCUGAGGAACUGUCAUGACCCCUCCGCCAGAGCGCAGCUCAUCCACAGCUAUGACAUGCUAAUUAACCCUGAGAAAAUGGGACUCAGGUUUCAGUUCUUCUCUGUGCUUAAUCGAGGUCGGCUGGCUCAGUAUAGAGGAAUGCAGAAGAACACAGCGCCAGUGGCAGGCUUUGCUGAGCUGGACAUGCAAUGAAAAGACUGUAAAUGGACAUAAUGUAGCAGCAUCCACGUGUUUUGAAUAACUAGAUAAUCUUGUGCUACAGAUGUGCAUUGGACUGUGCUGAUUUUCCGGUUUAGGUGAAAUGUAUAUUUUAUUGUUGGAUGGUCUGCACUCUUCAUUGCAAUAUUAAAUACAUAAAUAGCAACAUUUAUUUCUGCACAAAUUGCAUAAAGGUAGACAUGUAGUAGGAGCGUUUUAUCAGAGACAGAUUCUCAACUCUGGUCCUGGGAACCCACCACUUAGCAUUUUGUAUGUCUCUCUUAUCUGACACACUCAGGUCUGUUCAUGAAGCUAAUGAUCUGAAUCAGGUGUGUUAAAUAAGGAAGACAUACAAAAUGUGCAAAGCGGUGGGUUCCCAGGACCAGAGUUGAGAACCACUUUAUUAGAUCUCUCUCAGAGGUCUAGAUAUGGUCUGAUAUUUGAAGCAGUUAAUGUUAACUCUUCUACAAGCCCCAAAAAAAAGGGAGGCAAAGGAAGGAAAUAGGGAAGAUGUGAUGUUAAAAGUGAGCAGAGCUUAUUGAAUACUCUUAGUAUCAUCGUUUUCUUUGCUGUGUCUGACUUGCUCUGACCAAUACUGCAUCCAUGUUCCAACAUCUAGUUGUAGGCCUUCCCAAAAGUUGUUAUUCUAGUUUCUGGUCAUCACUUCUUCCUUUUGACACUCUUGACCUUUCCGAAUUUUCUCUUGUUGAACAUGGCCUUUUUCCGUCGAAGAGCUUUGAUAUCUCUACCACGGAUCCAGGCAUUCCGUUGAACUUCCCACUUCAGCUGUUUAACAUCUGAUUGAAGAGACACAGGAAAAUGAGGAAAGAUUUCACUCCACAAAAGCAGCUAGUCUGCGGUUUCUUCCAACAGGUUUCACUCAGAAACUGUUUAUGAGGCUAUUGCACAGUUUGGAAUGAUGAAACAUAUUACUCUUUAUUAUUGUGUAUGAACUAAUUUUUCUAUUGGAAAACAAAAAUCUAUUUU